CUUGCCUUGAUAAGGGAGGCCUCGUAUUCCGAGACGACGCCGGCGGCGCCGACGAAGACGAAAAGCUAGACGAUCCUUGGGCGGAGGAAGCGGGCGGACGAGGGCGAGCGAGCGCCAUGGGAAUCGCCGGUAAUCUCACACCCGAGCAGCUCGACUUCUUCAACACCAACGGGUACUUGGUUCUCGAAUCGUUCUCAAGCCCGGAAGAGGUCAGAGAGAUGAGGGAUCGGAUGGCGGAGUUGUUGGACGGGUUCGACGGCUCCAUUGCGUCCAUCUUCUCCACGAAGAACCAGCAGCAGCACACGGACGAUUACUUCUUCGAGAGCGCCGAAAAGAUCUCCUUCUUCUUUGAGGAGAAGGCAUUUGGAGAAGAUGGGCAUUUAAAACAACCAAAGGAGCUCUCUAUAAAUAAAGUUGGCCAUGCUCUACAUGAAAUAGAUCCUAUCUUCAAAAAGUUUACAUCCUCAGAUAAAAUCUCAGGCAUGCUUUACUCAUUGGAUUACAAGAGACCUGUAGUUAUACAAUCCAUGUACAUCUUUAAGCAACCAGGCAUUGGCGGAGAAGUAGUACCACACCAGGAUAAUUCAUUCCUCUAUACAGAGCCUCCAUCAUGCACAGGACUGUGGCUGGCGCUAGAGGAUGCAACUAUCACUAAUGGUUGUCUCUGGGCUAUCCCUCGCUCACAUAAGAAUGGUCUAAGGCGGAGGUUUAUUAGAGACGAGAAUGGGGUCCACUUCGAUCAUCCUUCACCAUCCUAUGAUGACAAGGAAUUUGUACCAGUGGAAGUAAAAGAAGGCUCUCUAGUAGUUAUACAUGGUGAUCUUAUACACCAAAGUUUUGAGAACAAGUCUCCCAAUUCAAGGCAUGCCUUGAGCUUGCAUGUGGUGGACACAGAUGGACAUGUUUGGGCCAAGGACAAUUGGAUUCAAAGAAAAGUCGAACCUGAGCCUCUCUACGCCUGUCGAUGUUAAGGGGUAAAGCACAGCACAGAGAAUGUUUCACACUUUUCUACUCCAGUGGCAGUUGUAUAAACACAGAAAUCAUAGUGCUGCUAUAUAUGCUUUCAUGGUUGUCGUAAUAAUGUGGUUAUCUGCCUGAAACUUUCUUCUGUAAAAUGAACUUUCUUUUUAUUGGAAUGCAAACAAGAUAUGGACAUGAGGAUUUAUUGGGUAA